AUGGGUGAAGAAAAAGGGCCAAGAUGCUUGGUUUCUGAUCCAGGCAAACCUCACAACCUCUCCCGUCGAGCCGGUUAUAAAAUUAAGCAUGACUGCUUUGUGUGCGGGGAAAACAGUGUGGUCGACGAAAACCGCUUGGUCGAGGAAUACAGAGAGUACGAGGAAAAAGGCUAUUUCGAGAGGAGACCAUUCCUGGAGGCGUUUGAGCGUAAUCGUUACCAUUACUACUGCGCCAAAUGCGAUCUCGAGUUCCACAGUGAAUGUAUUAAGUUUCCAAGUAAGAUGAUUCAUCCUUACCACCCUCAACACCCUCUCACUUUCACCUUUCUUAACUACGAAAAAGGGAUCAUGGCCGACACCAGUUUCCGUGAAUUCUAUCACGUUCUAGCUUCUUUUGAAAUGGAUUUGGCUGAAUACCUCAAAAGAAUUCGGCCAAAAUCCAAUAUUAUGUUUGAUAAAUGCACUUGGUGUCGAAACCAUCUCGGGGAGUGGUUCUAUCGUUGUUCUAUAUGUAACUUUUCCUUGGAUUUCCAUUGUGCCCAAAAAUUUCCACCUCUUACAAUCCAAAAUCCAAAAAGCCAUCACCAUUCACUCACCUUGUUUCCUCGACCUCUCUCAUUUCCUUGUGAUGCUUGUGGGUUGAUCAACGUCUUGGAACCAAGUUAUGCAUGUUACCAAUGCAGUUACGUGGUUCACAAGAUUUGUAUUGAUUUACCCCGAGUUAUAAAGAUCACGCGUCACCCUCAUCGACUAUCCUACGCUCCUUAUCUUCCUACCAAAGUUUCCUCUUGCCGGGUUUGUUACAAGAAUAUGGACAUCAAGUAUGGUCACUAUUCUUGCAACCAUGAGGAUUGCUCUUAUGUAGUCCAUUCAAAAUGUGCUACCCAUGAAAAUAUAUGGGAUGGGAGAGAAUUUGAAUGGGAGCCAGAAUCCAAUCAAACUGAAGAUAUCCCACCAUUCAUAGAGGUAGGUAAGGAUAUGAUUGAGCAUUUUUGUCAUGCUCACCAUAUUCUAAGGCUCGAGAAAUCAGUCGACUCAGAAAAGCAAUGCCAUGCAUACGCGGAGUCUCUAUGUUCGGAGUACCGGGACUCAAGUUGCUCAGCUUGUACCCGAUUGUCGAGUGGUUUGAAGUACAAAUGCAAAGAAAUAGGAUGUAUGAGUCACAUUCAGCUAGGUAUUACCUGCAUUUUAGUUCCUGAGUGUUUCACCCAUAAAAGUCAUGAAGAGCAUCUCCUAUUCAUCUCCACUACCAACGAUGAAAUUAUCUGCCAAGGUUGCAAUGGGAGUAUUCAAGGGGAUCAUCUACAUUGUACUGAGUGCGAAUAUUCGAUAUGCUACAAAUGUGCCACGAUUCCAAAUGAGAUAUACCACAAAUAUGAUGACAGUCCUCUCUCCCUUUGUUACGGGAAAAGUGAUGUGGACGAUGAUGAGGUGUGGUGGUGCGAAGUAUGUGAGGAAAGAUUAGACCCAAGGGAAUGGUUCUACACAACGAAUAGCAGUGAUCAACGUUGCACCACAAUCCACCAUGCAUGUUUAUUCGGUGAUUCUACUUAUCUGAAGGCUGGUCAUAUAUUUAGCGGUCUACGUGUGGAAGUUGUUGGCAAUGGUAGUAGCUCUCGUCCCAUUUGUAGUAUAUGUCACCACCGUUGCCCACAGUCUGUAUACCUCAAAGUGCGUGGUAAGAAGAGGAGAAAUGUAAGAUCUACUGAAGAAGAAGGUACAAUUAUUUGUUCAGCUCGUUGUCUCUCAGCCUCACACAUCCCUUGGCUGCGCUCCCUAUUAGAGAAUAUAUUGUGA